UGCUCCAGAUAAUUAACCCCAAAACUACUGACCAACUUUUCCCGUCCCAUUUCUGGUCCUGUACUCGAAAAUAGCUGCAGGGUGAAACGUCUUUGUUUUCCUACUCUGCCACAGGCUUGAACGGAGCGCGGCGGUUGCCCCGCCAACACAACUCUGGGGGCGUGGUCGUUGUUCACACCCAUUGGUAGACACUGACGAGCAUACCAGAGUCCAACAAUGCUGAUUGGCUGAAGCAGCUUGACGCUUCCUAACACCUGGGCGAUGAUUGGCUGGAGUGAUCCAGAUGCCUAAGAGCGCCAGAAAAGGAGCUUGAGCGGGUGAUGUUGAAGUCUCCUCGGUACAGUACAUGGUGUCCGCUGCCAGGGUAGCCGUUUCUGAAACGUGUAGGUACAGGCUGAUUGCCCGCUUAUUUCAGAGAGUGAAAUUAGUUGCUAUGUUGGUCUAAAAAAAAACCUUAGCGCUGACCAGUCUGUCAUAUCGGACAGAGUUAUACUGCUGUAUUCAUUCAUUCAUUCAUUGAACAGCAGAGAAAGAUACAGCUUUACGUUUUGGACUGCAGCUUUUCCAGAUGGAAGUUGAAUGUCUGUCACUGAAAGACCUCACAAGUCCAAGGAAAAGUUUCAUGGUGGGGCCAGUGGAGGAUGGGGGCCAAAGUGAACAAAAGGAAAACAUCUGUACAGAAAGGAGAAGAUCCACACCACUGAAAUCUGCUGAGUCCAUCAUCCCUGCUUUGCUGAUAAACAGAAAUGGCGUCACCGCUGACUUGACCCACAUCACCCCCAUCAAACACACAGCUCUGGCUGAGCCCUGGACACCCACAGCCAAUCUGAAGAUGUUGAUCAGCGCGGCGAGUCCAGACAUUAGAGACAGAGAGAUGAAAAAAAUGCUGUUUAGACCCAUAGAGAAUGAGAAGGAUAAGACCCCAAGUCCAGAUACUGUGGUGGAGAAUAUGGAGGUGGAAGAUUCUUGCCAGUUUGAAGCUGUUGAUGAAGAGGAUGAUGUAGAGAAAAAGCCAAGCCGGAAGCAGAAGAGUCUGGGUCUACUGUGCCAAAAGUUCCUGGCCCUCUACCCUGAUUACCCAGAUCCACAAAGUCCCAUCUGGAUCUCAUUGGAUGAGGUGGCAACCAGUCUGGGAGUGGAGCGGCGACGUAUCUACGACAUCGUUAAUGUGCUGGAGUCUCUCAUGAUUGUGGGCAGGAUAGCCAAAAACAGCUACACCUGGUAUGGUCGCCAGCGGCUGGGCCCCACUCUGGAAGAGCUGCAACAAAGGGGAUGGCAGCAGGGCUACCACCUCCAGAUGGAGGUGGCCACCGAGACCAGAAUCACCAGACCAGGGCGUGAGGAUGACGUGGGCUGUGCCGGCGUCAACAGGAGAGACAAAUCUCUGCGCAUCAUGAGCCAGAAGUUUGUCAUGUUGUUCCUGGUCUCCAAAACCCAGACUGUUACUCUGGAUGUAGCAGCAAAGAUCCUCAUCGAGGAGAGUCACGACUCAUCGAGCCACAGCAAGUACAAAACUAAGGUGCGACGACUGUACGAUAUCGCCAAUAUUCUGACUAGCCUUGGCCUCAUAAAGAAGGUGCGUGAGGAGAGAGGCAGGAAGCCAGCUUUUAAGUGGCUCGGUCCAGUCAAAUUCAACAACUCUGGAAAUGCUGCGAAUACGGUGAAUGUGGUGCCUGUCACGCCGCCUGAGGCCUCGCAGUCAAUGGCAGGCCAGGACCUCAGAAAAUCCAAGCUGGCACGUCACGCUUCCUUCAACAUCACACCAACCUCUGUAGUCGUCAAACGGCAGAUCAGCUCUGCCCCCAGCAGCCCACAAAGAGAACUAAUGGGUCUGCAGAACCAGCCUGUGGAUUAUUCCAGAAAGCCUACAAACAACAGCGCAGUGUGUCGACUGCAGUUUGGAAACAGGACUGAUGACCAAACUGCCACCCACAGCAGCCCACUGCCUCUGUCCUCCACCCAGCCCACCAUUCUUUCACCUCCCCUCCACCCCGAGCACCUCUUCACCUCUUCCUCCUCUCCCCCCUGCUUGGCCUACCUGCCCAGCCUGUCCCAGCCCUCGGUGGUCAUGCUGUACAGGACGCCAGACAAGCCUGACCCAAUGCCUGAUGGUCAGAGAUCACAUGGGUUGGCAUCUGAGGAGGGGAAGAAAAGAGGGAGAGAAGAAAGGGAAGAGGAGACAGCAGUGAAAAAGAAGAGAACAUCUGGGUUAGACGAAUGUGACAAGAUGAGAGCUGAACCUCACAGGGAAGCCAGGGAGCACUCGCAGACGGGUACCAUUCAGACUUCUCUGAAUCACCCAGCAGGCCUCCCCCGAGCGUUCAGUGAGAGUUUAGGUGGCAGCAGAAGCAGCGAGCCUGCCCAGCUGUCACACUACCUCUAUGUACCCAACAGUGCAGGUCUGAACAGCCUUGGCUUACUCCUCUCUGCUGGCCAGCCACCAGCCAGUCUAGCAGUUCCUCCCAGCAGCGUUCCCACCCUACUGCCCUAUGUCCUGGUGCCCUCAGCUGCCCUCUCCCACUACCCCCUGAUGGCCGGCAGCUUACAACAGCAAGGCUCCGACACUCCCACCAAUCUCAGCUUCAGUGUGCCUGCUGUGAUGUCACCUGUCCACUUUACGAUGGGUGCAGCACCUUAUAGCCUGACCGCAGCAUCAGAGAUCAGCUGGUCGCCAGCUUCAUCGCCAUCCACGCCAGAGCAGAGCAGGAUGUAUGGGUCAGAGGCAGGCAUACCACAUUCACCCUCAGGACCACGCCAGACUGUCAGUAUCAACAUACCAGAACCACUGACUCCACAUACCCCAAAGGAUUCCACAGCGUCUGCUUCUAAGGCUUUCUUCCAGACCCCGGGCACGCUGGGAAGUGUAGUCAGCUCUGCCCCAGCUGCACGAAAAAGAGGCUCUGCACAAAGAAGACUGGAUGUUGGCCACCCGCCCACCAGUUAGAUGCUGUAUCUGAGGAGAGGCAACAAGUGGCAAAGAUGCUCUUUUAACACUCAGGUGUUGGUCUUAAAAGUGAAAAGUAUGGUUUUAAACUAUUGGUGCUUUUUUUUUUUCUUUUUAGUUUAUUAAUUAAUAAAUUAAUAGUUUCCUUCCUAAAUUAAAGAAUAUAAAUUUUAGCAUGAGACUUUUCUGAAGUUUAAAACUUACUUUUUUGGAAAGCAUAGAUUUUAGAGUAUCAUAUUUUGUUAAUGACUGUAAACCUAUUUGCCAAGAGAUCUAAGUUUGAAAUGAAACCCCCCAGUUACUGGUUAUUCAUACAGUUCAUAUGUGCCUCAUGGUUCGAUUAUGGGACACUACAUUUCAGAGUAAACAAGUGAAGUGAUGUAACAGUGCCCUUCUGUGGUGUAAGUCGGCCACUGCUGUGUUUUGCAUUUCAGCCUUAAUUUUCCCUCCCAGAUGUGAUCAAACUACCUAUUCCCCCAUCACUUGUGUAUUAUACCCUCAUUGCUAUUUAUAUUUUAGCUAAUAUAUGUUGAUUACAUGAACUGUAAUGGAACAUUAACCUUUUUUUAGCACUAAGCAUCUGACGAAUGUAUAUCUAAUUCUGAAGUGAUUGUCUUUAGUUGGCCCCUUCAGGUUUCCUUAGAUUAUCAAAGUAUAAUAGAAAAUGUAUGAGCUGCUGAGUAGUGGUUUACAUUGACAGCAGCAGAUAGUCCUCUCUUGGCUCAUUUCAGAUAUUACUGUGAGGAGAAAAGUCACUAAAGCCUUAAAUGUUUACAAACAGCCAGGUAUCUCAAGGAACAGUUCUGUGACUUCUGCACAUCUGAUGCAUUAAUUUGCUCUUCAGGAAGACAAAUACAACGUGUGCUCUGUGUGUUUUCAUAGAGAAUUUGCAAUGAUAAUACUUUAUGGUUAAAUGCUAAACCCUUUAGCUUUGUUACCGACAAAUAAAGGACAAUGUGAUAUGGGACAAUGCUCUCAGGUACUUGAAUGACUUUGGGGAUUCUGGAGUGAUAUCGGAGUACUGUAAAGGUUUUAUCCUUUAUUGAUCCAGGGAAAGUAGACUUAGCAACACCAUUCCACCUUCAUACAGUCCAACACAUUUGGGAGGUUCCCAGUGGGACUGCAGUCUGUUACCUGGUGCAGUUAAGGGUUAAGUGCCUUGCUCAAAGGCACAGAGAAGAAAGAUAUUUUUUUAUCACCAGAUUGUCUCAGGGUGUCCAGGAAUUUGUAUUGACAGUUCUCUGGUAAUGAACCCACUAACUUGCCUUAAGACAACCCAGCUACAAUAUUAGUGCUUUGCAUAGGAGUCAUUCAGAAGAGCUUAGCUAUGUCAUGCCAAAGGGUGCACGGAUAAUUCACCAGUGCAUGUGUAGUCAAUGUAAAGUUAAUGCAGUUAUAUCAGUAAUUAUUUUUGUACAUUGCAUUCAUAGUGUCAAUAUUUUCACAUGCAGAAUGUUACAUUUUACUGUAUUGUUUGUAAAAUAAUGAUAAUUGCACUGCUAGUUUUAGUAGUUGUGUCUAACUUUUACAGAACUUUGAGCCGUUGCUUCACUAGCUCUGCUCUCUGUAGUUAUGGGCCAAACUGGGUCUAUUCUGUAUGACUUUUACAAACUUUAAUUAAAACGUAUGAUG